CAAGUGCCUGCGCGUGAAGGAUUUGCGGCCGGUGGUAGCAAACCCACCACGACGGAGUGCCCCAGGCAAACGGGGCCACAAGCUCGUGUUUCGGGGAAGGAGCAAUUCCCCCCCGCCAACCGACGCUGGGUCCCUCCAUCAACACUGCGCCACAAGGAUGCAUCGACGGCGAGCGACGCCCGCCACGACCUCGUCUUCCGCAAGGUGCGCGGCAUCCUCAACAAACUCACGCCCGAUAAAUUUAAGAAGCUGAGCGAUGACUUGCUGCGCACCGAACUGUCAUCAGGCAUCAUCCUCAAGGGCGUCAUCCUGCUGAUCUUCGACAAGGCGCUCGAUGAACCCAAGUACUCGUCUAUGUACGGGCAGCUGUGCAAGCGGCUAUCGGAGGAGGCACCCAACUUUGAGCCGCCUGACCGCCCGUGUACCUUCCGCCUGCUGCUGCUCAACAAGUGCAAAGUCGAGUUCGAGCACCGCUCCGAGCUGCUGGAGCAAUAUGGACGCCGCAAUAGUCAGUCACUGGAAGACGAAGAGCGCCGCCAGCUCGCCAAGCGCAAGAUGCUCGGCAACAUCAAGUUCAUCGGUGAGCUCGGCAAGCUGGAAAUACUUUCGGAAAACAUCCUGCACCGGUGCAUUCAAGAGCUGCUGUGCGCACGGCGCGGCGACGACCCGUCCGAGGACCUCGAGUGCCUGUGCCAGAUAUUGCGCACGUGCGGCCGCAACCUGGACACAAACAAGGGCAAAGGGCUGAUGGACCAGUACUUUGAGCGUAUGGAGACACUGGCGGAGAAUAUGGAUCUGCAGCCGCGCAUCCGCUUCAUGCUCAAGGACAUCAUUGAUUUACGCAGAGAUAAAUGGGCGCCGCGGAAGGUGGCUGUGGUCGAGGGGCCGGUGCCGAUCAAUCAGAUCCGGCCGGCGGACGACGACCGCCCGUCCUACAGGCGCGACCGGGACCAUCGGGGCGAUCGCGAUCAUCGUGGCGACCGCGACUCGGAUCGCUCCAACAAUGUGCCGGAUCUCUUCCGCCAUCCGAUGAAGACGCGCUCCGGCCUGGACGAGAUGAUUAUGGGUAACCUUGGCGGGUUACACUUUAACUCGUCUUCGGCCAAUCUUAUUCCCACUCAUGCUUUUGGCUCAAAUGGGUUUGGGGGAGGAGGCGGUGGUGGUGGCGGUGGCGGUGGCAACCGCGAUCGUGAUUAUCGCGCCCACAAUAAUCAGCGCUCCAACUCCAACUUUAACAAUUUCAGCAGCAAUCAACGCGGCCAGUACAAGCACAACCAGAACAACGGCAGUAACAAUUACAACAAUCAAUCCAACAAAGAUUUAGCACCGCGUUUCAAGCGCAACCUUAUCGUUUCAAAGGAGCAGAAUUUGAACGAGCUGGAGCUGCGUCCGCCGCCCAACUCGAUGCUCUUUAGCAAACCGUCGGUGAAGACGCAAAACCUGAUGAAUGCCAAGCCCGUCGACCCGCCGCUCAACUCGAACUCUGUUGCCCCGAAACAACAAACCCCGCUUCACAAGGAGCCGUUGCCGAUCAGGCCGGCUCCCACUGAAAAACCCAAACAGCAAAAGAAGGAGAAACAGGGCGUUAGUAAAGAGGAGGUUCUGAAGAAGUUCGCAUCGAUCAGCGAGGAUUACAUUAAGGGCGAAUCCACUCUUCAGCAGUCCGUAGAAUGCUACAAGGAACAAAAAGUACCAGAGAAGUUUGCGAAGGAUGCCGUUGUCAAUACGCUGAAGAUGAUUACACUUGAGAAGAAUCCUGAAGAGAAAAGCAAGUUUAUCGAAUUGCUCGCCGAACUGAAACGCGAGAAUCAAUUGACUACUCUUGUGUUGAACGAUGCCUUCAAAACACUCUGCCAUCUUAUUGAUGAGUGUGAAAAUGAAAAGGAGAAAAUUACUGGAUCAUUGGCGGUGAUUUUUGCUGCCGGAUACAACGAGAAGUUGAUCACUUUGCAGGAGUUGGCGUUAUUUACGGAACAUGGCGCUUAUUACCCGCUCUUUUUGGACACAUUGCACGAGAUUCGACAGAUACAGAACGAUAAGCAAUUGAGUGUUGCUUUUAAUGAUGCGAAAAUUGAGUUGUUGGGGCAGAUACCCGAGAAUGAUCGUACCAAGGAGCGUCUGGCGCAGAUCCUCGAGGAGAAACGUCUGACGUUCUUAUGUCCGAUGCUCCUACUUGAGGCGGACCUCGGCAAACAGCUGGCGGCCGAUCCCAAUCCUCAGCAGUUCUACAAGUGGAUUAAGGAGAACUUGGAAACCAUUGACUUCAAUGAUCCUGGGUUCAUCACCGCUCUUAUGACUGUACUGCUCAAAUAUAUCACUCAAGAGGCGUUAAUAGAAUCCGGAGGUGAUGACAAGGCCAUCACCGAGAAGGAGAAGCAACUUUUGGACCGCUACCAACCCAUACUGCAUGCGUUCCUGCACGAGAAACCUGGCUUGCAGCUGAUCGCUAUAUACGCGCUUCAGGUGCACUUCUUCUCACAGCAAUUUCCGCGUGGUCAGCUACUGCGUUGGUUCAAUGCGCUGUACGAUUUGUCGAUCGUCGAAGAAGAGGCAUUCCUCAACUGGAAGGAGGACAUCACCGACGUGUAUCCAGGAAAAGGCCAAGCUCUAUUUCAGGUAAACCAAUGGUUGACUUGGUUGCAAGAGGCCGAGUCGGAGGAGGAGGAAGGCGAUGACUAGACACGGGGAACGGUACGUGUUUGCAAUUAAUAACGAUACAAUAUGCUCGAGCAGAGGCGGCGCGGCGUCACGUUCGUCGCGCCCGUCCUCUCUCGCCCGCCCCCCAUUCACAUAUUCGAAGAGACGGAGACUUACCCACGACUAGCAACACCACCACGAGCGCGCGCGUCACUUAGAAGAAAUUUUCAAUAAUGUUUAAGUUGUCUAAGAGUAUCUCAUCCCACCGAAUCAGCCCCUUUUUUACUGCUAUCAUAAUUUUUGGUGUCAAUCCGAUGUUUAUUUAAGUAUUGCAAUUAGUAAAUUGUCCUUAGGUGUAGUUUAUGUUCAAUGCGAUGGCAUCCGGCGCGCCCGGACUUAGUGAAAUUGUACAUUAAGCUGUUAUUAUUUUUACUUUUUACAAUUAUGUGUGGAAUGAAUGGUUUUUAUAAUAAUUUUUUUUAGACAGAUGAGCGGACUGUAGAAGCCGUGAUGUGUUAUUAUCCAAUACUUACUUUAUACAUUACCUAACAUUUAACAUAUUUAGAGAAAAGUACCGAAACAAGAAAGCGCGUUUUUACGAAAAUAAAAUCCACAAAAGCAACAAAAAAAUACUACUAACAAAAAUAUCAUUAACAUACAUUACACACGUUCUCUGUUACACAUUGAAUAUUUUGCAAUCCUCAAGAACUUAUCUCGAAGCGUUUAAUUUAAACAUUAUUAUUAUAUCACUGUAUAAAUACUAUUAAUACACACACACAAUCAAUGAGAACUUGUACGCGGUAUAGUUUUUUAAAUGGGUAUUUACGAUUUUAUUCAAACUUGAUACCGUAAAACUUUUUAUAAUAUAUUUAUAUUUGUUCGUUGAUCGAUCAAUAAUUAAUUGUAAAACAGGCAGGCAUGCGAUAAGCUUGGAGCGAUUUAUUGGUAUGAUGCAAGAACACUUUGAUGUCAAUUUACAUUCUCUUUAAGUUAGAAAACGUGAAAAAAAAUCGCAAAAUUCAAAAAAUUAUUUCAAAUUCGCUGUAUACACUUAGCUUAGAAUUUCAUCACCAUCAAUAAAAAAUGUACUCAAUGUACUAUCACCAUUCAA